CUCUGGAAACCACCUUGCUCUUCGUACCAACCCAUAACCCUAACCAUCCUCAAUCUCGUGUUCACGCCUGUAAUGUCCCUGAGCCGGCGAGCAAGCAUGGAGCUUUAGGAUAUUCUCUAAGAUAUUCUCUUAACGUUACCCGGAUAAGUGUUUAGCUGGUCCACGCCAUUCCGUAUAGCCUAAAAAGACCGAAUUAGAUGGCUCUGUUUGCGUGAGCUGAUUCCGCGGCUGGAGCUAGUAUACCUGAUAUUGGCCGCGAUACAGGCACAACCUCUUAUGAGAACGUCCCGUCGCUGUGUUCCUGCAAGUGUGAACAUUGGAGAAAUGAGUCCUAGACAGCAGGGGUUGGGAGCGGGAAAGGAACCCAUUCAGAGAGGCGAUCCGCUUGAGCGAGGCAACGGAGGGCAAGAUAAAGCGAGAGGGAGCGCUGAACGGGCAGGCGGAAACAUCAACGGGCAGCAGGAACGCGGCGAGGAACGCAGCGAGGAACGCGGCGAGGAAAGGUGGACUAGUAGUACGGUUAUCGGCGAACCCGCCGGCGAGGUGGAGCGGAUUCGACGGCGGCUGAAGGAAGCACGCGAGGAAAGGGGUGCUAGUGUCAGCGGUGCGGCUAAUGGCGAGGCUGGCGAGGUAGAGCGGAUUCGACGGCGGCUGAAGGAAUGGGAGCGGGGAUUCGCCGCGUCGCACGGCCGCGCUCCGUCGCGCGCUGACGUGGAGGGCGAUCCGGGCGUAGUUGAGCUGUAUGGGAAGUACGCUCGGCUGAAGGAACGGGAGAGGAGAAAGCGGAAGAGGAGCCAUGAAGGUGCCGCUGCUGGUGGCGCUACUGCUAAAUGUGCUACUAUCGAAGAGGGCAAGGCAACAACGGGGUGGCAGAGAGGGCAAGGCAGAGCAGAGACGGAACGGUGUCAAGGAUGUACAAGAGGAUGAUAGAAUUGGUAACAGGAAGUCCAAUAGGGAGGAUGGAGAGCGUUCGGGCAAAGCCAGGCUGGCCUCUAACCCCCGGAUAGGCCUGUCUGCCCCUCUGUCGGACCUAGGAGUGUGGCAGAGCAGCAGGCAGUUCAGUCUUGUUGUGUGCGGCGGAGGGGGAGGAGGGGUGGGGGGUGCAGGAAGGGGAGGGUUACAAGGAGCCGGGUUAGGGUUACAAUCAACGGAGCGAGCGCAGGAGCCAGUACCAGCAGGUGCUGCAGGUUGUGCGGGUGAGAAGCAGCUGUCAGAGGGUGAGGCACAGAGGGUGCAGGGGCAGUGCGGACAGGAGGGGCUGGGCGGGGGGCGGAGGGGGCGGGCAGAGCAGCAGGUGGGGGGAAUCGAGAGGGGAAGGUUGAACCGGGGCGAGGAGGUGGGGAGAGUGGAUGGUAGUGGGGAUGGUGGGGGUGGUGGGGAUGGUGGGGAUGGUGGGGAUGGUGCGGCUGGUGGGGAUGGUGGGGAUGGUGGGGAUGGUGUGUGGGCGAGAGGGGAAGGAGAGGCAGGGGCAGGUGACGAAGCAGGGAUGGGUUACUUUGGACCAACUGCGGUCCCUGUUCGUCCUGUGGGCAUGCUUGGCUGUGUUGCGCCCUCGAGCCUGCUUGUAACGAGGAUAGGUAGAGGGGGAGGGAGGUGGGGAGCUGAAUGCAGAGCUGCUGAGUUGGCAUGUGGGGGUUGGCUGCAGGAGACGGCUGACAUGGAACCUGUAGCAGCUGAGGCGGCGCUAAGGGAAGCUGAUGUGGCACAGAGAGGGGCUGACGUGUUGCAGGGAAGUGCUGACGUGGAUGUAACACGAUUGGUGGAUGCUGAAGCCGCAGAAGAAGCAGUGAAUCCAACAGGGCUUUGCUCAAAGCCACCAGUAAGAGCUGCAGAACGGGCAGAAGGUGCCGAAUGGGCAGACAGUGCAGAAGGUGCAGCAUUAAGCGCAGGAGCAGGUGAAUUGCGAGGCGAAGCUAUGCCAGAAGCAGAAGAGUUGACUGAAGGACCACCCACAGCAGCAGCAGCGUCAGGUCUAGCAGCAGCGCCAGGUCUAGCAGCAGCGCCAGGUCUAGCAGCAGCGGUACCAACACCAUCAGGAGCAAUGGAAGCACCAACAGCAAUCGCACAGCUGCCACCGUCAGCAGCAGAACCAGCAGCAGCAGACCCAGCAGCAGCAGCAGCAGCAGCACCACCACCACCACCACCAGCGGCACCACCACCAUCACCUCCAGCAGCAGCAGCAGCACAACCAGCAGCAGCAGCACAACCAGCAGCAGCAGCAGCAGCAGCAGCAGCACCACCACCACCAGCAGCGGCAUCACCACCAUCACCUCCAGCAGCAGCAGCAGCAGCAGCAAUGGAAGCAGCUGAUGUGAACCGCAUGACAGUGGUGCAGCUGAGGGCCGCCCUCCUGGCCAAUGGGCUGCGAACGUCUGGCAGAAAGGCAGAGCUGGUGAGCCGACUAGCAGAGGCUGGUGGGUGUGUGACUGGGGAAAGAAGUGUGGGCGAGAAAAGUGUGGGGGAGGUGAGUGUGGGUGAGAGGAGUGUGGGUGGGAGAAAGUGUCGAAGAAACGAGGGUGGGAGAGGUAUGGGGAGGGCAGGGGGGCAGCGGAGGAGGCAGGUGGUGAGGGUGAAGGGGAGGCGACGAGUCAGAGCUCCAGAGGGUGAUACUGAUGGUCAUGAUGAUGAUGAUGGUGGUGAUGAUGGUGAUGGUGAUGGUGAUGGGGUUGUUGAUGGGGAUGGUGGUGAUGCUGGUGCUGGCGUUGAUAGCAGUAAAAAGGACCCAAUGAGGCGCCCUACUGAAGGAGAUGCGAAAACAAUGCAACGGGUUGGCGAGACGGCGGCACUCGCAGGCUCCCAUGGGAGGGAAUGCAGGGAUGGGCCGGGAAAGACGGCUGGGAGGAGGGUCACACGUCUAGCUGCUCGGGUAGCAAGGGAUGGUUUGAGGGGAAGGGAGCAAGGGGAGAAGGAUGGGGCGAAGGAGGAUGAGCGAGGAGCGAAGGAGGGGGGGGAGACGGGGAGUGGGAGUGAAGGGGAGGAGGGGAGUGAGGAUGCGAGUGAGGAGAGUGAGGGGGAGAGCGGGAGUGACAGUGGUUCGGAUUGGGCAGAGGAGAGAAGGGGGGUGAGCAGCAGUAGCGAGAGUGAGGAGGAGGGGGUGGGAGAGGAGGAGGAGAAGGGGGAGGAGGAGGAGGAGAGGAGCAGGGUCACAAACAAGACAGUUACAGUGAAUACAGUCACACGUGAGGGCAGAGGUUCGGGUAAGGCUCGGUGUAACGCACGCAAAGCGAAGGGGGGAGUUGGUGGGAGAAGACAAGAGACAGGACAGAAACGAGAGGAUCGAAAACCGAAGAAUGAACUGAGUGGUGAUGCUGCUGUUGUUGGGGGUGCUGCUGCUGCUGCUGCUACUCCUGCUGCUGCUGGUGCUACUCCUGCCGCUGCUGCUGCUGCUGCUGCCACAGGUGGAGCGGGCAGUACAGCAGCGGAGUAUGGGUGGGGUAAUCCCAGGGCUUUGCAAGCCCUGAGGCAGAAGGAAGCACAGAGGCGGAAACAGAGGAAGGUGGCUACUGCUGCCGGUGCAGGUGUAGCCAGUGCAGGUGCUACUGGUGGGGGUGCAACACGUGCAGGGUAUGGUCUUACCAGCAGCAGGAGUGCCAGGGGCCGCCCCGGGCUGCAAGGGAGGGACAACUUUGUGCGCCUCAAUAUCAACGGCAGGGGAUGCAAGAAGAGGUUCGGGAACGGUACCAAGACCAGCAGGUUCGGCAGCAGGUCCGGCGGUGGGAGUAGGUACGGUGGGAGGUUCGGUGGUGGGUAUGGAGGGGGGAGGAGGAAGACGUUUUACAGGAAAGGGGGGAAGAGGGGGAAGGGAGGGGUUUUGGGGGAGGGAGGAGGGGGAGAGUGUGGUAUGGGCUUAGGUGACUGGAUGGAUGAUGGUGCGGUGAUGGGGUUGGGGGGGGGAGAAGAGCAGAAAGGAGGAGUGGGGGAUGUGGAAGGGGCAAUUGGGGAGAAUGGGGGGGGCAGGAAGGGGGGAGAGGUUGGAAAGGAGGUGGGGGGAAGCGAGGAGGAAGGGAAGGGGAGGCAAGAAGGGAUAGAGGAUGAGGGAGAGGAGGAAGAGGAAGUAGAGGAGGUAGAGGAGGUGGAAGAGGGAGACGGUGUGGGACAGGAGAAAGGCACGGAGGGCAAGGGGCAAGGGCGCAAGAAGAAGGGCGCAAGGGGGGAAGGGGAGGAGGAGGAGGGGGCGACUGAGAGGGCUCGAAUGGUUGAGAGGGCCCGAAUGGUUGAGAGGGCCCAGAGGGAACCUUCAGAGAGCAAUCUGCUGUGGGUGUUGCGGCAUGUGUUUGGAUUUGAUAGGUUCCGAGAUGGACAGGUGGCGGCCAUCCAACGGUUGCUGCGAGGCCAAUCAACGCUCCUCGUGCUGCCAACUGGCGCUGGGAAGUCCCUCUGCUACCAGCUCCCAGCCUUCCUCCUCCCCGGAUUGACCCUGGUCGUCAGCCCACUAGUGGCGCUCAUGCAGGACCAGCUCGCCCACCUGCCGCCCUGCCUGCCUGGCGGCCUGCUCUCGUCCUUCCAGUCACCAGCGGAGAGCGGUGCAGUGAUAGAGAGGCUACGAAGGGGGGACAUCAGGGUGCUCUUUGUGUCUCCCGAGCGCCUGGCAGCGCCGUCCUUCCUCCGCCUGCUCUCGUGUCUGCCCCAGGGGGUGUCUCUGGUGGUGUUCGACGAGGCGCACUGCAUUUCCGAGUGGUCGCACAACUUCCGCUCGGCCUACCUGCGCCUCUCCUCCAUCCUCCUCUCCAGCGGCCUGUUGGAGACGCACUCCCCAGCCGAUGCUCAAGAGGAGGCAUCAAACAGCAGGACUGCUGAUACUGCUGAUACUUCUGACACGACUGAUCACGCCAGUGCCAGCGCCAGCAGCAGCACAAGCACCAUCACCCACAGGCCGUGCAUCCUCGCCAUCACCGCCACCGCCACCCGCCUCGCCACGUCAUCGCUGACCUCAGCCCUGGGAAUCCCGCCGGGCGGCGUGAUCCGGCGUGGAGUGGUGCGGCCGAACCUGCACCUAUCGGUCUCACUAACCGGAACCAAAGGGCCUGGGAUCGGGCUUGGGCAUGGACCUGGGCAUGGGCAUGCAGUGGGAGAGAGCAAGUGGGGGGCAGAUGUCACUCUAUCGAAGGGACCAAGGGGCGGGCCAGCAGCAGGGCAGAGCCGGCAGCGAGAGCUUGUGGAUCUGCUGAGCUCAGCACCCUUUGCUUCUGCUCGCAGCAUCAUCGUCUACUGCUCCUUCCAGUGGGAGGCUGAUGACGUGGCACGCGUUCUUCGCGACAACCGGAUUGCGGCUCGGAGCUACCACGGAGGCCUAGACGCGGGUGAGAGGACUCGAAUUCUUCAGCGCUUCACAGCCAACAAGCUGAGAGUGGUAGUGGCGACUCUGGCAUUUGGCAUGGGCUUGGACAAGGCUGACGUUGGUGCGGUUGUGCACUACUCCCUUCCUCGCAGUCCAGAGCAAUAUGUGCAGGAGAUAGGUCGUGCGGGGCGCAACGGCCAGCCAGCCUUCUGCCAUCUCUUUGUGGACCGGCCCUGCUACCUUCGCCUGCGCAGCCUUGCACACUCGGACGGCGUAUCGGAGAGUACUGUAGCUGCGUUCCUCUCUCUUGUCUUUGGCGAUUACCAGCUGCCAGCAGCACCUGAAGAAUCACCUGAGGCAGCACCUGAAGACUCGAGUGCAGCAGCAGCAGCAGCAGUGCAGAUUCCUGUGUUCCGGACCAUUCCCAAGGAGAAGACCGCUCAGUCCCUUGACAUACGGCCAGAGGUCAUGGAAACUAUACUUGUGUUCUGCGAGUCAACCCCUGCCUCUCUGCCUUCCGACCCAGCAGUACCAGAGCCCUCGGGUCCAUCGCUCGUUGCUGACUCAACCCCAAACCCAUUAGUGCCAACACCUGCUUCUCAGUUGGAACCCUCUGGUCCAUCACCUAUUGCUGACUCGGCCCAAAACGCAUCAGUUCCUUUGCCCUCCGACCCAUCGCCGAUAACCGACUCCACGCAAACGCUAUCAGUGCCAGUCCAUCCAUCACCCUCCCCCUCACUUCCCAACCCUCUAACAUCAGUAACACAACCACCACCACCACCACCACCACCACCACCACCACCGCCAUCACCCGGCCUCCCUGCAGCUGCUGCUUACUUGCGAAUGAUGCCCGAGGCCCCCGCUUCUUGCCUGCUUUCCUUCCACAAGACUCCAGUGGAGAUUCUGUCCAGGAAGGUUCCUCUUGUGAAGGCCGUUCUUGCGACCAACCCCACCCCCCGCAACGGCCGGUACACAGUUCAGCUGGCACCGAUGGCCAAUCACAUGCGCAUGCCGCUGCCCAUGCUGCUCGCGUGCUUGAGGGACCUGCAGAGGUGUGGGGAGAUCGUAUGCGAGUUCCAGGAACCUUCCCUGUGCGUGCAGCUCCUAUCUCGCCCCAGGAGUCUUUCCUCCCUCGCAGCGGCCAUCUGCCAGCGGCUCGCCGCAGUGGAGAAGUCAACUGUUGCUAAGCUUGACGCCAUGUAUUCUGUGGUACUAGCUGCGGCGCAAGUGCCAGCCGAAUCGCCAGCUGCAGACACCAUGGCUCCCCCUCUCGCUUCUGACUGGCACAAGUCACUGUCUGGGCGGCAGACAGCCCUCCUGCAUGGCUGCAUCUCAGCAUACUUUGACUCCAGGGAUGGCACUGUACCCUCGCUGCUUGCUGCUCCUGCUACUGUGCCCACUGCCAGCCAAUUUCUUCGUAGCGACAUAAAGGUGUUCCUGCGCUGCCAGCAAGCCAAUCCCGAUGCGCCACCUGUCAACGCCCGUGCCAUCGCCCGCAUUCUUCAUGGCCUUACGAGCCCUGCCUUCCCCACAUGUACAUGGUCCAAGCACCAUUUCUGGGGCCUCUAUGCAGACAUUGACUUCCACACAGUUCGGAGGAUCGCUUUAGAGGAGGUUAUUGCAUCACGGCCGCACAAACUUAGACUGCGUCCCAUGCUGAAAUAAUUGUUGAAACGCACAUUAACGUAUAAACAGCUGUUGCGUCUUGUGUGCAUGCCACGGUUUUCGCCUCAUAAAUGAGGUAAUGAGUGGGUGCACUCGUGAAUAUGAUGGUGUCUCCCUUCUUGCCCUCGCCUGAGGAGAGUCAUCGUUAGAACGUGGAGAUUUUUUUGGAGGGCACAGUAAAAAAUUGGUGUGCUCGAAACAAAACAAGGGUGGUAUUAUCCUGGUAAACAUAUGGUUUUGCUCGUUGUACCAUACAACCAAGUAUGGUGCUUGUUUAAAGUUUU